AGAUUUUUUUAAAGCACUCGAGAGACUUGGUUCUUGCUAAGCGUCCUUGAGAUCGGAGAGAUUUUCGAGACUGACGGGAGUAAGAUCCGAAACAUGAGCACUAAGGUAGCGAUGAGGGCCCAGAGCCAGCUCUUGACAGCUCUGUUGAGAGGAAGGUUUGCGCAACCACUGGUUUGUACAUUCAAUACAACUACUGUGACAUCGAAACGUGCAAUGCCAAUAGGUGCGAAGAAGGAUCUUAUUAACCACUCCAGGGCAAGGGGCAUUGAUAUUAUUCGGACCCCCAAGUUAAACAAGGGUCAAGCCUUUACUCUUGAGGAGAGACAGUUAAUGGGAAUUCAUGGCCUGAUCCCUGCUGCUAUCAUAACCCAAGACCAGCAGAUGGAGAGGGUGAUGGUCAACUUCCGAUCUCGAGCAACAGAUGUAGAUCGCUACAUCUAUCUCAAUGCCCUGGCAGAGCGUAAUGAGAGGCUGUUUUAUCGCUGUCUAGUAGAACACACGGAGGAAAUGAUGCCUAUCGUGUACACCCCUACAGUAGGCAAAGCUUGCCAACUUUAUGGUACAAUCUACAGGAAACCUAGAGGUCUGUUUCUGUCCAUUAAUGAUAGAGGACAUCUCUAUGAGAUGAUUUGCAAUUGGCCUGAGAUUGAUGUGAAGGCAAUAGUGGCCACAGACGGUGAGAGGAUCCUUGGUCUAGGUGACCUUGGGGCCUAUGGAAUGGGAAUCCCGGUCGGUAAACUUUCCCUCUACACCGCCCUAGGGGGCAUUCCCCCUGAGCAGCUCCUACCAGUCAUGUUAGAUGUUGGAACAAACAAUGAGGCUUUGCUAAAUGACCCGUUAUAUAUUGGGCUGCGACAGAAGAGAGCGACGGGGCAGGUGUAUGAUGACUUCAUUGAUGAGUUCAUGGAGGCAGUUAGGAAGAGGUAUGGUCAAGACACUUUGAUCCAGUUUGAAGACUUUGGCAAUCACAAUGCCUUCAGAUUUUUGGAGAAGUACAGAGACAAAUUCUGCAUGUUCAAUGAUGAUAUCCAAGGAACAGCAUCAGUGGCAGCAGCUGGGGUGUUUGCUUCAUUGAAAAUCACUGGCAAAAAACUCAGGGAUAAUGUCUUCCUCUUCCAGGGAGCAGGAGAGGCAAAUUUAGGAAUAGCUACUUUGUUGUCUUUGGCUAUGCAAGAGGAAGGAGCCUCCAAAGAGGAGGCAGACAGCAAGAUGUGGUUGGUCGACUCAAAGGGGCUUCUAGUCAAGGAUCGACCCAAGGGAGGAAUUACUGGACACAAGGCAGUUUUUGCAAAAGAACAUGCCCCUGUUGAAACCCUAGAAGAGGCCGUAAAAACAAUCAAACCAACCGCUAUCAUAGGGGCAGCUGCAGUGCCGCAUGCGUUCACAGAGGGAAUUAUAAGAGAUAUGGCAGCCUUCAAUGAGCGUCCAAUCAUAUUCGCUCUUAGUAAUCCAACAAGUAUGUCAGAAUGCUCAGCAGAGGAAGCGUACAACUUCAGUGAAGGUAGAUGUGUUUUUGCCAGUGGAAGUCCAUUUGAUCCCGUUGUUUACAAUGGGAAAACUCUGUACCCCGGUCAAGGAAACAAUGCCUACAUUUUCCCUGGGGUAGCGCUGGCUGCAAUCACCUGUGGAAUCCGUCACAUUUCAGAGAAAGUUUUCCUCACAGCAGCACAGACAUUAGCAGGAUUGGUUACAGAAGAAAACCUCUCAAAUGGUCGAGUCUACCCUCCGCUACAGACAAUCCGAGAGUGUUCUAUCCAGAUAGCCACCUCUAUAGCCGAGGAAGUCUACCGGGAUAAGCAGGCCUCCUACUAUCCGGAACCAGAGGAUAAGAUGGAGUUUAUCCGCGAUUAUGUCUACUCCACCGAUUACGAAUGCUUCGUACCCGAGACCUGGCAAUGGAAGAAGCCAGAAGAAAAGUAGAGAUUAAAGAGAGAGCUAGCAAUACAAUAAUGAAGAUGAUUAUUUUUUACACAAAAAGAGACAGAUAUUUAUUAUAGUUUUGUGAAGAGAAGAGAGCACAGGGUUAACGUGUUAACAUUGUGUGUGUUUUCUGUCCACCGGGAUUUGUUAGUUUUCGGAUUUGUUAGUUUUUCCAUAUUAUUGAUUAUCCGCGUAAUUUUUCACUUUGUUAUUCCUACAAAACAUGUUCUGUGAAGCUUAAUGAUCAUUACAGAUGAUCGCCAUGUUUACUACUAGUAAUUGUUUGCUUUAUAACUGAUUUUUUUUUACGGUCACUGUUGUUGCUUUCAUCUUAUUCCACUGUCAAAUCAAAUAAAACUUUUUUAUUGUUUGUCUUUUUGAUAAGGUUUAAUGUAUUUUUACUAACUGUACAUGUAAGUAAAUGUUGACAUUGAAUGAGGAAGAGUCUAGGGUACCUCAAGUUAUGGUAGUCUUUGACUUGGGGGAUUUCAAUCUGUGGUCAGUACAUGUAUUGCUUGCAAUGAAAUUGUCAGAUGUCAUUGACAGAAUCUGUAGUAGUCAUUAUUUGUUCAGAAAACUGUGGCAGCAUUCUAUUUUGGACAUUCAUGUCUUUAAGCCUCUUUAAAGAGUGUAGUUGAUUAACAAUAAUAUUGAUUAGGUGGGAGAAGUCUUGUGUCUUGAAUUAAAAAUGAAACUAGAAAUAUUUUGUUAUCAUUUAGGGUGAUAGCAUCUCUGGCUAUGAACACUUCUGAUAAUUUAUAAUAAUGAAGGCACCUUUAUUCACUGUAGAGUGUUGAUAGCUAAUUAGUAAAUAAGUAUACAUUUACAUGCACUAAUAUCUCUGUAUUGAUCGCAUAAUUUAGAACUUAACACGAAUCUUUUUUACUGGCAGUUUGCAUUUGUACCAGGUACAUUGCAGAAAGUAAUAACAGAAUCUCCUAACAGUGAACUAAACUGAUUUAUUUCCUUUUCAAUUUGUAAUGAACUACAUCUACCAGCCAGUUUGUUCAUGUCUCAAAAGUUAAUGUACACCAAGUACAAAGAAAAAAAGCCUGCAUUGUUACUACCAGGUAUCAAACCAAUCUCAAUAUGAUAAUCAUGUGCCAUUAUUUUUUUUUUACAUACUAAUUUUCCUCUCAUAUUUGUUUCUAUAAGCUUUUUAUCUGGCUUUAUACUUUUGUUUUAAUGGGUGUGAUGACUGAGAAUGUGGUUGACUGAGGGUGGUAAGUGGUAGGCGGUAAGUGGUAAGCGGUAGAUGUUUUUUUCCUGAUUUACAUUCAGUAUUCUAUUGACAUCUUUCGCAGUAUUAAGGUAAUACUAACCUUAACAUUGGCUUUACUAACAGCAAACUAAUAAUUCUUCUCCAAGUUGUAGAACUUUCAUAAAACUGUGUGUAUGCAUAAAAAAAGGGAACUGGUUAUGGAUUUUUUAUCUUAUUUGUAGAUACAGCAUGUGCAGUACUUAUAAAUAUAUUUUACUAUCAUGAUCAAAGUUAAUUAAAAAAAAAUAUAUGAAAUGUAAUUGAACAUUGAGGAAUAUGUAUCUGAGUUGUCCUUUACAAGAAUUUUAACAUUAUUAGAUCAUACGUUUAUUAUGAUUUGCUUGUUCAAAACAAUGAAAAUUUUGUUGACCAAAUUACCAGAUUGUACGACGAAUUGAAUGUCAAAGAGCUGGAUGACUAUGAUAGUGCUUGUUUUGUUUUUGUUUUGUUUCACUUUAUGUUUUUUUAAGGUUUUAUUUUCUGUGUUAUGAUUAUGUUGUAGUUCUCUUUACAUAUUGAUUGAGGCGAGGAACAAAAAACACACCGUUCCACUGAUGUGAUAAAUAAAGACCAUUUAGAACAAGUAAAACAAUGUCAUUUAAUUUCGAUGUGUUUUGUGAUCUUACUCCCCUUAUUUAAAGCUGCCCACAGGUGUGACAUUUUUUCACCUGUGACCUAUAACUUUUCAACACUCAAGGCAUGUAAUGUUAUGUUAAAGGUCAAGGCCACAGUCUUAAAUAGGUCAUGUGUAGUAAUUGUUUACCUAGGUCAAAUGAUGAACCUUAAUUUAAUAGAUGUGUAAGCAAGAGUGACUGGGAAUGGUAGAAAAGGGUACUGAAAAUGGAAGAUCUCUCAAAAGGAUUAUCUAAAGAACAUCUUUUAAGUUACAUGUUGUGUGUUCAUAAUUGUUAAUUUAAUAUUAUCUAUAGUUUUAUUAAUGAUGAUAUUAACAAAUAUACUACCUGGUAGUAGGUAUAUAUUAUUUAAUUUCAUUAUCCCCAAGCUUCACUUGGUAUACAUGUAAUUGUUUGUGUUUUGGUGUUUCAUGACAGUGCUGAACAAAUGUUGAGUCACGUGUUUCUGUGUUGACAUGUACUGUUUAUGUCUUUACAUGUGUUUGCGUCGAUUUUUAUUUUGAUUUCUGUAAAUUUAUUGUUAACAUGAUUCUGUUAAAGAGAUCAACAGAAACAGUAAUAAUGGACUGAAACACUUAGAAGAACCAGCUGUCGGUUUCUGCAGAUUGCUUAGUUUUGUAAUAAAAUUAUUUAUUGUUA